GUCUACGUUCUGACUACAAUCCAGAGUUACUUGAUGAGCCAGUUUGAAACUUCAACUCUAUUGAAAAAGUUGAUUGUUUGAUUCGUGAAUCCCUGGGUUCAAAACAAAAAAGGAAUGGAUUGGAAAGCAGAAAAAGAAUGUCUCGACGAACUCUACAGAGAUCCGCAAGCCAACGCUAGCGACAUCAUCAGAAUCCAUCAAAAUAUAAUCAAAGACGCAAACUUGGCCACUUCGAGUGAGGUAAUAAAAUUCCUGAACCAGAAUGCCUUUCAACUACUUGGGCCUGAUGCUGUCGUCAUCUUGAAAAAAAAUCAACUUGAAGCUUACAGCUAUUUGCUAGUGGCCAACAAUUUACUUGAUUUGGAAGACGUCAAAGACGAUUUGCUCAACGGCCAUGUCCUGGCCAACGCCAUUCCGGCCAUUACUUUACGGAGGCUGAAAUAUCAGUUGGGCCUGGCAGCAGCAUCGGCCUCUUCAACAAGCCUGACAAACCUGGUUGAACCCAUACGAUCAACCAGCAAGCCCGCCAAAGAGGAAAACGCUCAUCAAACGGACCCCGAAUGGACGUCUCAACAGUUUGCAGCAGUUGCCCGAGUGCAGCCCAACAUCCGCCAAGGAGAAACUCGUCAAGAUGUCAGCAGACUGGCGAAUAAAAUAAAAAACCAAUGCAAAUUCUUGAAACGAUUAAAAGAGAACACGUUUUCCUACCAACUCGAAUUGAACGAAACGACUUUUGAUGAUGCCACGACCGCCAUCAAACGAUUCUCAUUCGGAGAACCAAACAAACUGAUGGGCAAUCAAUGGAAAACUAUUCUGCUCAUGGGAGAAACCGGAUCGGGCAAGACGACCAUGAUCAAUGCCAUGAUUAACUACGUGUUGGGCGUUCAAUGGGAGGAUGAUUUCCGGUUCAUGCUAAUCAAAGAAGAUGUCAGAGGAGGCAACCAAGCUCACAGCCAAACGCAAGGAGUCACCGCCUACGACCUCCACUACCAGGACGGAUUCCGCAUUCCAUUUUCGCUGACGAUCGUCGACACGCCGGGAUUUGGCGACACCGGCGGGAUGGAUCGUGACAGGGAAAUCACGGCAACUAUCAAAGAGUUCUUUGAACAUCCCAACGGCAUUCAGGAGUUGGAAGCUGUUAGCUUCGUCGUGAAAUCUUCAGACGCUCGUCUCACCAGUUCGCAAAUCUACGUUUUCGACUCGGUCCUGAACAUUUUCGGCAAGGACAUGAGAGACAAUAUCCAUUUCUUGGUCACCUUCAAUGACGGCGGCGUACCCAAUGUCUUGAAUGCCAUCAAAGAGGCCAAACUUCCAUGUCAGAUGGAUUCAAAUGCAUGGCCUUGUCAUUUUAAAUUCAACAACGGCGCCAUGGAUGUGCAGCCCUCGGCAGAUGAUGGCAUGCCAGUUUCCAGUAGUGGAUGGAAAUUGUCAAUGAAGAAUUUUGAAUCCUUCUUCGUGGAGCUGAACAAAAUGCCGAAAAGAUUGCUGCAGAUGACAAAAGAGGUUUUGGAAAACAGAAAUUAUCUCGAACAGCAACUGGAAAUAAUGUGGGUUGCGAUCGACGAGCGACUGACGAAAAUAGAAGAGCUGCGCAAUACGGAGAAAAUCAUCAGCGAAAACAAAGAAAAAAUCGACAGCAAUCAAAAUUUUGAGAUCACAUUGACAGUGUCCAAGAAGGUCAAGGAAUCAAUCGAAACAUUCAGAAAUAAUCAAUCGGCGCUGAACUGCACAAAUUGUGAAGUAACGUGUCAUUACCCUUGCAAUCCGAAUUUGUGGACAAAUUUCUGUCCAGCAUUUUGGGAAUUUGCACUUUCAAACAUCCCUCAAAGUACAUUCAAUGCAAUGGGUUCAGUUUCCAACUUGAAAACUAUGAACAAGAGUCUAACAACAACCAGCCGUGAAAACAGUUUAGAAUUGGAUUAUGUCAAUCCGGGCAUGGUCAUUUUUGAGGCAGGAAUGAAUUUAAUCACGCAAAACCGUACGUGCAAAGUCUGCCCUAGCAAGUGCCAGUCUAGCGAUCAUAUCAACGAAAGACAACGCUGGGUCUACAAACAGGUGGAGGAGAAACAAACCCUGUUUGACGUGCGCAAACGCUACGAAGAGGCUAUGGGACAGCAGGCGAAUGCCGAAGGGACACUAGCUAGUCUGAAGGCAGAAAUCGAUCGUUUCAAACUCAACAUUUUCAAAGCCAUGAAAGAGAUCACUAACUGCUCAAAUCUGUUGAAAAGUAAAGCGCUACUGGGUGAUUCGCUCACCAUGGUCGAAUACAUCCAGUUCAAGAUCGAUAAUGAGCAGAAAGAAAAGAAACACGGUUACGCGGAGAGGAUCAAGAGUUUCGAAGAUGUCUUGGAGAUAGCAAUAGAAUAUGCCGAGGAAGAGAUUGAACCGUAAAAUCGAAGAAAAUGCGCAACCAGUUUCAACAAACACAUCGCGGAUUUCAUUGUCUUAUUUUCUUUCUUUCUUUUUUUUAAAAAUUAUAAUUGGUCAAUUCCAUACAGGGGUGGACUUUCUUUAGAUUUCUAAAAACAGAUUUGAAUUGUCCUUGAUGAACAUUUACGACCAUUGAAUAAUCAGUAUAAUUUCAUUCCUAUCAAAUUUUUUAAGGGUUUCAGCAGUCACUAAACUUCAACCAACUCUAGACGGAAUGUGUUGCAUUUUGACUUGUGUAGGGGGAAACGUGCGGUAACAGACUUAAAUGUGGUACAAAGGAAUAAACCGGUAUAAAAACAUAAUU